CUAAAACACUUAAAAAACAACACGGGGGGCUUUAAAGAGAAAAUCUGGAGGAAAUUAACAAGAUGGAUGAAUGUGAGAGCCUGGAUUCUGAGAUGACUGAACUGCAGGAGUGUCAAUAUGAAGCCUCCGAUGUCAUGAGCCAGGAUGAUGAAGACGAAGUAGAAGAGCUACAAAACAGUCUGCGAGAAGUAGUCCAGGACCAGUCAGUGAAGCCUAAACUCCAGUGCUUGAUGGUAGAUCCAUCAUUCUCUAUGGUAACAGUCCAGAGUGAGGACAGCGGUAUUGUUUGGGAGACGGCCUCUAGCCGCUGCUCUACUCCUUGGGCCUCUGAGACCAGCUCCACUUCUGAGGCUUAUAGCAUGGAGGGCUCUGGAGGUGCAGGAAAGAUCACUAUUGUCUUUGAUGAAGAGAAAGUAGUUCGCAGGAGGACGAGGUCUGGAGGAAGAAGCAGCAGGCUGGGGGACAGGUUUAGCCGACCUGGUAGUUCCAGAUCGGCUUCAGCUUUGGGAGUAGAGAGACCAGAGAUGACAGAGGUUUCUCUUCCUAAUGUCAAACAGGAGAAAACCAAACCAGAGACAGACUUGGAGGAAAUAAAAACAAAGGAUCAGCAGUUGUUUAGUUUAAUUUCAGAAGGUUAUGAGAUUCUCAACAUCAGAGUCCCCUCCAAGCUUCCCACUGUCGAUGAGGAGGAAAGUACAGAGCUGCAGGACAAUUUGUGUUAUCUGGACCAGACUCCCAAGAUCAGGUCCCAUAUCUACCAGGAUUGGGCACAGCAACAGAGCCAUAACCUGCCAGAGGAAGAGGAAAUACCAGAUCACACAGAGACCUCGAAACAAGAUUCUUCACAGCCAUCAGCAGAAAGAAAGCAUGGAGACACACCCACUCAGAAAGAGGACACUGGUGACAUUGACUACUUUGAGAAGUUUACCCUUUUGGAUGUGGUGGUUCCUGCAGAACAAACAUCAGAGCUACAAGAGGAGGCAGAAAAGCCUGUAGCAAAACCCCAAACUGAGGAGCCAAAGCCUGCAAAGGAGGUAGCCACAGACAGUCCCUCUGCAUCCGAAGAUUCAUUUGUGUUCGUUACAGAUGUGGAGAUAGUAGGGGAACACUUGGACGAGGUCUUCUAUGGAGAGGGACCUCCUGCUGAUGCACUGCAGCAAAGAGAAGAGGACAGGGAGGCAGCUGAAGCCAGGAUGAGAGGAAGACGUGAGAGCCAGAGAUCAACUAAGGAAAGCGGCGCAGUGUUGUUUGAGAGUGAGGAGACCACUCUUACUCCAAUCUUUAUCUCCCCUGGACCUCCUAAGAUCAUCGACCCCAUUUUGCUGGAGGAGCCCACUGCCAUGUCCUUCAUGUACUCAGACCUCUAUGAGGAUGCUGUAGGUGAGAGGAGAAGGAGUGACGAUGAUUCAGAGGCCGAGAGCAUGGCCUUUGAAAAGUCUUACAAGAGGCGUUUGUCAGAUUCUGAGGAGGCAGACGGGUACUUGGAGAAGUUCAUUUUAAAAGAUGAAACACAAACAGUGGAUGUUCAAGAUGAGUCAGUGAAGGAUAAGAGUGAAGGGAGAAUGAUGUGGCCACAGAGUAAGUUUGAAACGACAGGUUGUCUGAUAAGAGUUGCAGAAGAAGACAACAAGGAACUAAAGAUGCAGGAGGCUGGUACUGAAGAAGAUUGUCACUCUGCAAUAACUGAAGAGAAAAAGGACAUUGUGACAGAAACAGAAGAAGAGAAGGGGGAAAUACAACUCUCUGCUAUGGCUUUUGAGCAGGCUGCAAGAGAAGUCUCAGACGAUUUGAUUCAGGAGCCUAAAUUGAUGAAGAAACUGAUGGAGGCUGAACAAGAAAAACAUGAGGUUAAAACAGAUCAGUUGGAGCCACCUGAAGUAAACCUAGAAAUGGCGAAAACAAAGACAGGCAAACCAAAGAUGCUGGAGGCUGGUGUCGAAAAAGAUUUUCACUCUGCAAAAACUCAAAGGGAAAAGGAAAUUGUAACAGGAACAGAGGAAGAGAAAGAAGAAAUACAACUUCCAAGGGUGUCUGAUGAGCAGACUGCAAGAGAAGCUUCAGAAAAUUUGACCCAAGAGACUAAAUUGGUGGAGGAACAGAUGGAAAUUCAACAAGUACAACAUGAGGUUGAAAGAGACCAGACGGAGUCUCUUGAGCCAAGCCCAGAAAAGCCACCUGAAGCUCAACAGAUGGACAUUAAAGCAGAGGAAACACAUGAGAUCAUGGAUCAUCAGAGAGACGAUAAAAACAUUUGUGAAAUGAGCUGUGUUGACACAGAGCAGCCGUGUGAACCACAAAUGGUGGCUGAAAAAAUGUCUGAAGUGCUUGUAGGGACUACAGACACAAAAGCUUUGAUAGUACCUGUAAGUACAGAGAGGCUUCCAGAAAGCUCCAAAUCUGAUACAAAAACAGAAAACACUGAGAGGAUUUUGUCUGAAGAGGAUGCUGCUGACUCAAAGGUGGUGGCUGCUGAUGAGAAACUAGUAACCGAAGCCGAAACAGAGGCCUCAGCUCAAGCGAAAGCACCUGAGACUGUAAAGCUCAGCUCAACUGAACCCCUUGGUGAGAUGGAAAAACCAGCUGAAGCUCCUCUGAGUGAGGUAAAAGAAGCAGCACCUGAAGAUGUUACACCUGUUGAGGUUUUCACGGACUGUGAUUGUUCUGUGCAAACUGUGGUGGAGGUGACUGAAACAGCAGUGAAUGAAAAAGAGAUUCAAACCCAAGUUAAGAUUAAUCUUCAGGAGGUAACAAAUGUGGAGGCAACAAAUGCCCAAACAGAUGUUCCUGAAAGAGAAAGAGAAACCAAGUUCCCCACAGAGGAAACUGCUGCUGAGGUCAUGCUCCCUAAAUAUACAACCAAAGCUGAGAUUGCUGAUCAGGAGUCAGGGGAUAAAACACAGAUUUCAGCUGAAGUUAUCAAAUCUGUGAUGCCAGAAAAGAUAAACACAGAAUCAGCCAAAAAACAUCAAGAAAUCAUUGAAACUGAGCAAAAGCAACAAGAGUUGACUGACAAAACAAAGUCUGAAUCAAACAAAACAAAGCUGAUCCCAGAAGCCAACUCAGAAAUGCCUGCAGAUGACAACAAGGCCAGCAGUGUUCAGGACAUAGUGAAUGUAGGAGAUGAGUUGAUCCUUCUCGUUCCUAAAGGACAAGUGGUCGAGAUGGAUAUAGAGAUCAGUAAGUGGUCAGAGAAAACAGGGGAGGACACAGUUCCUGAACCUGAUAACACAUGUGAUUUUAAGGCACUUGAACCUGAAACUGAAGUUGAACCAGAAACUGCAGUAAAGGAGAAAGAACUUCCCAUAAACAGUCUUGAUGGGGAGUACACAUCACCUGUACCUGGAGAGGAGGUCAAGGCUGAGGAGCAGAAGAUGGAGCUUGAGGAAGACAAAAUCGCCUUGUCUAACCUCAGAAGCUUUACUCCUCUGGAGGAUUUAACUGGGCUACACAAAGAUGAUGUACAGUCACCGGAGAUAGAUGCAGAACAAAAGGAAAUGCAAGAACUAAAAGAUGCACCAGAGACUAACAUUUACACAGAUGAUACAGCUACAUACAUUGUUCUGGACAGGGAAGAUGUGGGGAGUAAGAAAGAGCAAGAUGAGAAAGUCUUGGAGUCUCCAGAGGUACCUGUUGACAAGCUGGGAUAUGAAGUGAUUUCUAAGCAGGAUGCAAAAGAUAUGCCACAAUCUGAAAUACAGAUAGAUGUAACGGAAUCUGAGCAGAAUCAGGAAGGAGAGAUGGAAAUUAAGGUAGAAAUAGACCAGAAGGUAGAACUUGUUGCAGAAGAAGAGCUCAAUGAGGCAGAUUAUGAAAUAAUUGAUGCAGAGGAGGAAAGCCAAGCCCGGCUGGCUGCUGAGCUGGAAGGGAUGGAUUGGUUCUGUGUCACCUGUGGAUGUCUGCUCUCAGAGGAGUACAAGUCUGCAGAGCAUCAGGGCCAUGAAUUGAAUUCUGUGGACAAAGCCUAUGAGGAAAUCAAGGAUGCGCUGGGCGGCUGGAUCUCAGAGCUACAAGCGCGAUCAGAGAACAUUGAGGACUUGGUGUCUGAGCUGGAGUUGGCCUACAAUUCUGUAGAGGAUCAGUUCGUGGAGAGUGAAGCUGUCAUGCAGGCGCAGAAUGAAGAGAUGAUGGCUCUGGUGAUGGAGCAAUACCAUAACAUGUCCGUGAGCAUGGAGGAGGAGAAGAAGGCCAAGCUGGAACAGCUCUAUGACAAGAUUGUCUCCUUCCAGGAGAACAUAGACUCUGCCAAAACCACGCUGGAAACCACGGUUAGAGAGGCUGAGACUGAUGCACGAUCACCUGAAGACAUUCAUACAAGACUCAAAGGAGCUCUAGAUUCAGCAUUGUCUCUGGAACUGGGUCCCAAGGGACUGCUGGUAUUUGAGGACUACGCCAAGGCCAACACUUCAAGUUCAAACCUCACACAACGCAAAGGAAUCCCUGUGCCCCAGAUGCCCACACUGCAGCCCCAGGAGUCAGGCUCAGCCACCAGCACCAGUGUCACCGUUUACUGGAAAGUCAACCCUGGAGAUAUUAUAGACUGCUUUCAGGUCUAUUGCAUGGAGGAUCCCCAAGGAGCUGUGACAGAGGAGUACCGUGUGACGGUGAAGGAGAGUUACUGCGUCUUGGAAGAACUGGAGCCUGACAAGAUGUACAAGGUGUGGGUGAUGGCUGUCAACUAUACUGGCUGCUCUUUGCCCAGUGAGAGACUUGUCUUCAGAACUGGUCCAUCAGUGCCAGUGAUCGACACAGAGCGCUGCACUGUUAUGUGGGAUUCAGCUACACUGAGGUGGAGCUCAACAAAACAGAGUCCAAGACAGACCUACACUUUGGAGUACUGCCGCCAGUAUGAACUAGAGGGAGAAGGACUAAGAUCUAUCUCAGGAAUCAAAACCUGUGAACAGAGGGUUUUCCUGCAACCCAAAGAGAAUUACCUGUUCUACAUCAAAGGUGUGAAUGACGCAGGUGCCAGUGAACAAAGCGAGGCUGCACUUAUUUCUACUAAAGGGACGAGAUUCCACCUGUUGAGAAACUCAGCUCACCCUGCUCUGGAGCUAUCAGAGGACCAGACCACUCUGCAAUGUUCCCAAGAUGCUCACAACAGCAUUACACCCACAGACAAAGUGUGUCCAUCCAUCCUGGGUGACUUGUUGCCAGCACGAGGGCUUUACUACUGGGAGACCGUUGUGUCAGGAAGUACAGCCUAUAGAGUCGGAGUGGCGUACAACACAGCCAAUAAAAACAGCUCACUAGGAGACAACAGCUCUUCAUGGUGUUUGCAGUGUGUUCCCACAGAAUCAGGUUGCAGGUAUCAGUUACUCCACAAUGGCAUUCAGUCCUCUAUGUGUGUGAUUAAGAUACCUGAACGAGUGGGCACUCUCCUGGAUUACCAGCAGGGCCUUUUAUCUUUCUACAAUGCCCAAAGUGGUCAGUUGUUAGGUACCUUCAGGCAGCACUUCACCCAGUCCUGCCAUCCUGCUCUGGCCCUGGAGCGACCAGGGAGCCUGCAACUCUGCCUGGUGCUGGAGGUGCCAGAGUUUACCAAGGACAGCUAGUUCUGCCUCAUCCUUCACUUACUGAGAAGUUUACAGAUCAAGAUGGACAUUUGUUGAUUUGAAUGUUACAUCUUUACACUGAUCAAAGUGACCACUAUUGAAAAAUAAGGCAGAAGACAUAAACAGGCACCACUGGACAUAGUGACAUUAUUUAUGGAUUUCCGUUUUUUUUUUUUUUUUUUUUUUUUUUUGUUUUUAAAGCAAAAGAAUGAUCAAAGUUCAAUUAAGCAACAAAUGUCCUCAAGCAAACACAAAGUACAUUUAAAGUGUUUUCAUUUUUGGAUAUAGAAACUAAACUUAAAUUGUAAAUAGUAAAAUUACAAGAAGUGAAAACGAUGACUGGAAUUUAGUACCUUGAAUUUACAGGUGAGUUUUCUGUCUUUUUUUUUUUUUUUUUUUUU